AUGAAUUUGCGCACCGGUUCUCCCAAGCUAGCCGGGCCUUUGGCGGGCUCCAGGCGUCAUGGUCUCCAUCUCAGCAUUAAACUCAAAAUGUGUCAGGCUGCCAUCUUGACAACCCUGCUGCAUGGAGCGGAGACCUGGAUAGUCUGUGAGCAAAGGGUGAGGAAACUCAAUCACUUCCACCGUAGAUGCCGCCAGAAAGUACUCAAGCUGAGAUGGGAAGAAAGGAUCCCUGACGCAGAGCGAGACGAUAAUCACUCUCCUGAUGCCAUGACGCCGUCGACCGCCAGCAUAUCCAUUAGCCCUGACGCACUGCCUGCAAAGACGGCAACCACUUCCACCCAUUUCACUUCCGUGACCAGUAAGAGUACUCCUGACGACCCGUUAGUCACAAUCCUCACCAUCACCAACCCCACAACCCGCAAUAUGGACUUGAUCGCAACCUGUUUUCAUUGCGACCGCACCUUCACCUAA